UCCAGAUAGUGUAAUGACGUCACAUUCGUCGGCCAUGGAGAGGUAUGCAAAAUGGAGAGCCGGAAUUUUCAAGGAUUUUCCGUGAUAAUCGAGUCUGCGUUUAGCUAAACGCGCCGCAGUUUUACGGACGCAAGCAAAGUCAAUCUGGCCAGCAUCAUGACAGAGGAGGCAAACUCUGCGAAUGGGGAUGGAAAAGUCAGCCGUCUCAUCCGGAUUGGAACUCGGAAGAGUGAGUUGGCUCGUAUUCAGACUCAAAGUGUUGCAGAUAAACUGAAAGAGCUGCACCCUGACAUCAGUUUAGAAAUAGUGGCCAUGUCAACAAUUGGGGAUAAAAUCCUUGACACGGCAUUAUCGAAGAUUGGAGAGAAGAGUUUGUUCACCAAAGAGUUGGAGAUUGCUCUAGAGAAAAAUAUGGUGGAUCUUGUAGUCCAUUCACUGAAGGACCUUCCUACGACACUGCCUCCAGGAUUCACCAUUGCAGCUGUGCUCAAGAGAGAGAACCCCCAUGAUGCCGUAGUUUUACAUCCCAAAAAUGUUGGGAAAACUUUGGAGACUCUCCCAGAAAAAAGUGUGGUAGGCACCAGUUCACUGCGACGUGCUGCUCAGUUGAAAAGGAGAUUCCCCCAUUUGGAGUUUAAAGAUAUCCGUGGAAACUUGAACACAAGGUUGAAGAAACUGGAUGAGAAGGAGAACUUUGCUGCUAUCAUAUUGGCUGCUGCCGGCCUAAAAAGAAUGGGUUGGGAAGACAGAAUCAGCCAGAUCCUGGAGCCCGAUGAUUGCAUGUAUGCUGUUGGACAGGGUGCUCUGGCCGUGGAGGUUCGAGCCAAAGAUAUAGACAUCCUGGAGAUGUUGUCAGUGCUGAACGAUACUGAUACGGUUCUGCGUUGCAUCUCCGAGAGAGCCUUUCUCAGGCAUCUGGAGGGAGGAUGCAGUGUUCCUGUGGCUGUGCACACACUAGUGAAAGACUCCCAGCUUUACUUGACGGGUGCCGUAUACAGCUUGGAUGGUUCGGACUUUCUGAAGGACACCAUGCAGACUAGCAUCGCACCGAGCGAUAAGUGCUCGGAGGAAGUAGACCAGCAGGACCAGCACGUGGGAGUCACAGCUCUCAAGAUCUGCAGCGUCUCUCAGGGGAACGCUGAGCGUCUAGGGGUGGAGCUGGCAAACUUGCUCCUGAGUAAAGGAGCCAAAAAGAUCCUGACUGUGGCCAGACAGCUCAAUGAUGCUAGAUAAUGACUACUCGAGCUUUAGGUUGUUCAAAAUCAGAGUUUCACUACAUUGGAAAUUAUUUCCAUACAAGCUGGUAGUGGACAAAAAAGUAUUAUAUAGUAGGGGGAAAUGUUGUGAUGUGUAAUUAUACCUCAUUAUUACACUUUUAAUGUCAUGCGCCCAACAAAAGGUGCACAUUCCUUGUUCUAAAAGAUUUAGAGGUGUUAUGUCUGGGUUGCUUUUUGCUGUUUUCUAGAUUAUUUUAAUGAAUGUGCUGUAUAAAUACACGGUAUCUACAUAUGUACUGUGCUAUUAAAAAAAUUGGGAACCCCUGACAAUUUUCA